AUGGCGGCGUUCGUGAGAGGCAUGUUUUGGCAUCUUCUUACAGCAGAACGAAGUAAUAUUCUGAAAAAAUGCAACGACUGUAUCGUCAAUUUAAAGAGAUACGUGCGAGUAUUGAAAAGGAGACCUGUGAAGGUGUUGUAUCCUGAUAGUGAGACGACAUCAACAACGAAACAGAGGUCAGAUCAAAUCGUCAACAAGCAGUCUCAGAGAGUUGCGUCCAAAGUGAGGGAGUACACAGUCAACGCCAAUUUAAAAAAUGAGAAAACUGAUAAAAGUGUUUUCAGCAUGUUAUGUAGGUCCAGAAAUGGCAAUGCAUCCUCAACGUCGGAACAUACAACCAAUCUGAAGGACCAACUAGGUGGCCUCAAAUUCGAAAGGGCCUUCCCUGGUGACAAACGAUUGGCGUAAGUCUCAGUGCAUGUUGGCUAUCGACCAUAUGUUAUGAUAUGAUAGUUGAGUGAAUAUAUCCUCUUUAAUUAUAGUGGCUAGUAGAGGUCUAGUAACUACGGGACUGUGAUAUGUUUGCAUGUAGGCUUUGUUUGAUAGCUGAUGUUCAGCCCAGAUAGCCUAUCUUGACCUCUUCUAUCCUCUCUCCAUCUCCCAGGAGGGUGGUGAGUGUGGCUCGCUCCAGGACGUUUCGGGAGCACCAGGGUAAGAUCCUGUUAGAGGGGAGACGUCUGAUCUGCGAUGCCCUGGCUGCUGGAGCCAACCCCCAGAUGGUGUUCUUCAGUUCUGUGGACAGACUGUGUGAGCUCCCCUUGGACAAACUGAAGAGGGCCACUCUGGUCAAAGUCAAGUUUGAGGACAUCAAGAUCUGGUCUGACCUUGUAACUCCACAGGGAGUGAUAGGUAUGACAGGCUGCAUGUUUUCAUUUUCAGAAUAAUUUUGAAGUUGUUCUACAUACUACUGUAUAUUGUUGAGAAUAAGGACUGUAUAUUGACAACGCUUUCCCCUUGUAGCCAUAUUUUCUCGGCCAGACCCAUCCCGGCUGACAUUCCCUCAGGACCAGCGUGGUCAGUCUGUGCCGCUGUCCCUGAUCUGUGACAACGUGCGGGAUCCUGGGAACCUGGGCACCAUCCUGCGCUGUGCUGUCGCUGCAGGCUGCCACAAUGUCCUGCUCACCAAGGGUAUGUCAUGAUGAUAAACUGGAGAUGGGUAUAAUCCAAGUCAUAGAAAUGUUACACACUAUUCAAGUCAAUGAUGCCAUUUUGAGUGGAGUUGAUAGUGAGGAAUUACAGUGUAUGAACCUGUGCACCUUUCACUAAGUAUCAUGUAUGUCUCUUUUCACAGGCUGUGUGGACGCCUGUGAACCUAAGGUGCUGCGAGCAGCGAUGGGUGCCCAUUUCUGCCUCCCCAUCUUCCCCAGCUUGGACUGGGACAACGUUCAAAACCAGCUGCCAAAGAAUGUGACUGUCCACGUGGCAGAUAACUGCAGUGGCUCUGAGAGAGAAGUAGCUGAGGACAUGGAAGCAAACCAGUCCAACAAACCUUCAAAGGCGGGGGACUAUGGAUGGGUGAGUAGCAGGCCUAAUCGUAAAGACAUGCGCUAUGAGGAAUAUGAAUCAGACUCCGAACUGUCACUUCCAAGAGUGGAGACCAAGUUGUACCAUGAGGGCUGGGCUCAGGGGAACACAGGCCUAGUGAUUGGUGGAGAGACUCAUGGACUAAGUCUGGAAGCCGUCCAAUUGGCUGAGAGAACUGCUGGUCAAAGACUGUUUAUCCCUGUGGUCCCUGGAGUGGACAGUCUCAACUCAGCCAUGGCAGCCAGCAUUCUCCUGUUUGAAGGCAGAAGGCAACUGUUAAACCUAAUGGAGACGUCUGGGAGGAAAGCUAAGUCUAAAGAGCAAUUUCCAUGAUUUUCCUGGAAGCCAUUUUGAGUGUAACGGACAUGUUAUUCCUGGUGUUGGUCACUUUUUCCAUGCAUACAUUAUAGACUGCGCGACACCACUUCACUGUACCUCAUGUCAGACUGAAUCAUAUGGAUGGAUUUAAUUUCCAUAUUCAACACAGUGUUUGGCUGAAAAUGAGUGACAGAAUUUCCACAAUGUGAAAUGUAUGUUCUUUCCUGUCUGCAUAUUUCCUUCAUAAUGUCUUCCAAAAUUCCUGCCAGUGUGGCUUUAGAAGCUUCACUUAGUCUCCACAUGCAGUUGGCUACUAGAUUUCCUGCAAGUUAUGACUAAACUGCUGCCAUGCAAAAUGACUGCUUAAUAUCUAUACUGGACACUAUUGGACAUGUGCUAAGUGUGUCUGUUUAGCAAGGGAAAUAACCUGUCCAUCUAACAUUUUCACUGACGGGCCUAUGAAAGCAAUUAUCGUAGUAACCACAAGGUGGUGCCUGAAGCAACUUCUGAGAACAUUUACUGUAUGUUAUGAAGUUGGAGGGUAAAAAAGCACAGAAUGUAAUGUGAAAGGUAUGAAAUACUUCUUAUACUGUAAAUAAAUGGGUUGUGUACAAAGCCUGACAUAGUACACUUGGUUU